AUUUCUUUCUUCUAACCUUUCUGCCAUCCACCACCCUCUCCCUAUAUAUUUACACCAAACUCUCCUUCCUCUUCUUCCUCCCAACACCAUCCAUAUAUCUUCACAUCUUCAUUAAUUAAUUAUCGAUCUCUUCUUCAUAUAUAUAUAUAUAUUCUCCGUCGACAUGAGCAUCACUGUCAAUGGCCACUCUCGUGUCCCUCCCGGCUUUCGCUUCCACCCUACCGAAGAAGAACUCCUCAACUACUAUCUCCGCAAGAAGCUCGCUUCCGAGAAGAUUGACUUGGAUGUCAUCCAUGAUAUUGAUCUCAAUAAACUCGAGCCUUGGGACAUUCAAGAGAAGUGUAAGAUAGGUUCAACAACGCCACAGAAUGAUUGGUACUUCUUUAGUCACAAGGAUAAAAAGUACCCCACUGGGACUAGGACUAACCGAGCAACGGCCGCUGGGUUUUGGAAGGCAACCGGGCGUGACAAGGUGAUAUACACCAGCUUCAAACGUAUUGGCAUGCGCAAGACUCUAGUCUUCUACAAAGGCCGGGCACCACAUGGUCUUAAGUCUGACUGGAUUAUGCAUGAAUAUAGACUUGAUGAUCAACCUGAUACUAAUUCUCCUAAUGUGUCAUGCAUGACGGGAGAUCAAAACAUAGGAGGAGGAGGACAAGAAGAUGGAUGGGUAGUUUGCAGAGUGUUCAAAAAGAAGAACCAUCACAAAGUGGUUGAGAACCAAAACAUUAAUGAGUCAAAGACUACCCAAAUACUACACUCCAACAAUGAUGGAGCGUUGGAUCAAAUCCUCCAUUACAUGGGAAGGUCUUGCAAACAAGAAAACAACCCUUUGGACAACAUCAACAACUCUAAUAGCUUGAGGUAUCUCCUUCCACUUGACAAGUUCAUGAAGCUUCCUCCUCUUGAAAGCCCCACAUCCGUCCCAUCAUCAUCUCACUCUGAUGAUUACCCACCUCCUCCGGAUGGUAUUCAAGCAGUUGUUAGCAUGUGUUCUGGGUAUAACACUGAGCCGGCUGGUGUCGAUAAUUGGGCAACACUUGACCGUCUUUUCGCUUCUCAUCUUUCCGGCUUCGAUGAUACUAUUUAUCAUGAUUACCAAUCCGCCGGUGAGAAUGAUCUUUGGAGUUUCACAAGACCAGAGUCCGGUCAUUUAGGAGACAAGAACAAUGAAUCCAUGUGAAACAAUAAUAUUAGUUGUGCUGAUCAUCAUCAUCAUCAUCAUCAUCAUUAUUAUUAUUGAGUAUUAUGAGACUUUGUACGUAGGUUGUAGUAGUAGAAUUAAGUAGCUAGAUUUUGUUGAUGUUGGUGUUAUAAUAAAUAAGAAGGGAAUUAAUGAAUAUAAAUGA